CAGCAGCUGCUGACAGUGAGCGCGAGCCAGGUCCCAGGGUCAGAGGCAGCACGGGUGAAGGUGCACAGCCCCCCAGGAGCUCCAGAACAGAAAGAGGAGCAGCCAGAGCUCGAGAUUUCAGAAUUAUGCAAGUUGAAAAUAACCUUCAAAAAAUCCCAAACUAACUAAAUAUGAAAACUCCGUUUUUCUUUCCUUGAAAGACGGCGAGCAAUCUAGUUACAAUGUCUAUUGAGGAGCCAUAUGGAAAAAACAGUUCUGUCUUGUUAAACUGGUUGCGCAGUUUUGUUUUUCAUCUGUCUACAGAGAUCUGAAAAUUCCAUAUUAUUUCAUGUUUCUUCUGCAAAGAAAGCAAGUGAACUGGGGCUCCUCUGGCCGGAAACACAAUAGUACAGAAGAUGUCCUGUCUCUGGUUUUACCUGCCUCUCUGCCUUCUCACAGCUGCUUGCUUGUGUCAUUCCCUUAAAGCACCCACCACCAGUUCCCAACAGAGCUUUAAGAGCGGCCUCUUCAACUUCUACCACUCUCUGAUUCUUGCUGAUGGUAAGGAAACUACAAUUCAUCUGCUGAAGGAUAUCCCUAAAAGGUAUUACUUUGUUUUGGAGGAAGACACAGCCCUUGUACCUUUCACAAUAACAGUGACCCCUUGUGACGUUCCCAUUGAAUGGAGCAUACUUGUGCACAAGGCUUCAGCAAGUUUGCUUGGAAAAGCAGCACAAGGCGAUCUCGAUACACAAGAGGUCUCAAGAUUCCAGAAGGCUACAAGCAUGGCGUCCACCAUUUUCAACUACAAGGGAAAUUCCGUAGAGACUUACAUGGGUGUGUCUUCUCAGUCUGCCCUUUAUAUGCUAGAGUUCUUAUCCACCGAGCGUGACACACAUAUCACUGUGUACUUAACAACUGACACAACAUCUGGGCACCUCUAUCCAGAACUUCCACUGGAUCCACGCAUAGAUGUUAUCGGUAUUGGCCAUACGACAGUGACUCUGACAUGGAAACACAGUCCCUCUGCCUUGCAACACAGAGAAAGCAUCCAGUACUGUCUUCUAGUUAAUGAAAAGCACAAUUAUAAGAGCUUGUGUGCUGCUGAGACAGCGAUCCGAUUCUCUGGAAUGAAAAUGCCACCAACAUUAGCUUUGUCUCUCUCUCCAUACCUUCUUGAACCGCAGCAGGUAAUGAUACUAUCCAACAGUGAACUGAGCAUCAUCAACAAAGUGAGCAGUGGGGAAGUCAGGCAGAUAUGCAUGGGUACCAAGAACACAUAUACAGUGCCCAAUCUCAGUCCCAGCACUCAAUAUUACUUUGAUGUUUUUGUUGUCAAUCUCCUCACAAACGCCAGUGCUGCUUACACUGGGACAUUCGCAAGAACUCUAGAAGAACCUGAACCUAAAGUGAUGAAGCUGAAAGAUGGGAAGGCAGUGACGGUUGUUCUGGAUGGGAAAAAGCAGAAAUCGUACAGUCUGCAGUACCAAGCGAGGCACAAGAAAGUACAGUUUGCCUUCCAGUUGUGCCGUGGUCAAGUACAGGUUCACAUAACAAAAAAUGGUAAAACAGUAGCAUCAGAAAACAUUCUGGGACUGAGGUAUUUGUCACUGAAGGGACAGCUACUGGACACAUAUCUGGUGCAGCUGAGGUCCACAGAGGAAUCUAAUUCUUCUGUGAAAGUGGAAGUCUCCCCUCAUUUCCACAAGCCCUUAUUCCCACUUCUUCCAGAGAGCUUAAAAAUCAAGUCUUUCAGUAAACUGAGGACUUGCAACUCUGUCACCAUUGCCUGGCUAGGAACACAAGAGCAGAGCAAGUACUGUGUGUACAAGAAAAGGAUUGAAGAAGAUCAAGUCUGGAUGGAACUGCAAAAUACGGACAUGUGCUCUGGACCUGAAUCUCGGCACAAGUCAGAGAAAGUGUUGUGCAAGUAUUUCUAUGACGUAAAUCUCCAGCGAGCUGUCACUACAGAGACUAUCAAAGGGCUGGAUACAGGGACACUUUACUUGUUUGAUGUUUAUCUCAUUGGGCCAUCUGGGAUCCCUGUCAGAUAUCACAGCAAAGUUGUGAAGACGAGGAAAAAAUGUUGAAGGUUCUUCAAGAAACACUUUGAAAUGAGUGUGUCACGGUUUUAUGACCUUUUUCCCUUUCCUGGGGCGUGGGUCCCUCGUCCCAUUCACCAUGUAACCGGGCCAGACGCCCGUAAACAAUUGACAUGAGUGAACGAAGACUAUUAUCAAAACCUACAUCAGUCCAUACCAUAGCCCAUACAGUUUAAUACAUGUUAACAAAAAUAUUCUAAAGACAUGAUAUUCUGCAGAGGGAUUAUCUUCUGAUCAUUACUUUUUUGCAUCUUCUCCUGCAUGCGUUUUUUCCCCCCUCAGCUACCUGAGACAUCAUGAACAUGAAAUUAAUUUACACACACAGAAAUAAAAUACAGUGGCACCUGUGAGAAAUAGAUGGUUACCUAAAAUGCUUCUGAAAUUCAAAACAGAAGUGAUGGGAAACACCUCUCAAGGAGCAUCAUUUUUAAGUCCCAAAGUUCUUCACUGUGAGCAAGUCCAUCACCUAAUGAGGAAAUGAGAUACCCCUCCACCCUAGUCAAGCCACUUUGGAAUAAUCAAACUCCCCUGCUGCUUGAACACUUUGCAGGGAUGGAGGAAAUAAAAUCUGUAGAAUUGUUGUCAAGGUGGCACAGCUCUACAGCUCAAGUAAAGCAGGCUGAAAUACCUUCUCUUUUACCUGCAUGUUAGCUUGACUUUUAUUUUAAUAGAGAAAAUAUUAUUGUUUAGAAAGGAACAAAACUUGGGCCAAGACUGGCUCUGAAUCCAGUUUUGAUGGGAGCAUACAGAACAAAGUGCUGUGCUGCUACCCACUGGGGAAAGGAAUAAGUAAGGAAUUCUGCCAUGGACAGGUUUUUGUUUUGUUUUCUUUAUAUAUAGCCACUGUUAUCAAGCCCACAUCCAUCUCCAUGUGACUCCUGAGAGUCAUGUGCUUGAUCUUUACAUCCCCAACCCAGUCUGUAUCAAUGAAUGUGUUGCUUUAGGAAAAAGUAAAUGUGGUUUUCCUUUUAAAUAUCAUGAAGAAAUAAA